CAUUUCCAUUUCCAAAUUUCCUUUGAAACUCAAACCAUUCAUCAUGAACUUUACUCCAUCGGAAGGCAUUGCGAUUGCGUCGCCCGCGUUCUGGAGCGAGCGCUGGGUCAAGCACGAGAUUGGCUGGCACAUCCCGACUGCCAAUCCCGUGCUCGUCGAGUACCUCCCAAAACUGAUCGGACAGCCCUACCCAGCUGUCGACGAGCACGACGGCACCCCGCAGGCCCUGCUCCAGGCGCGCACCAAGGCGCUUGCAGAGUACGUCCGUCCGGCCCCGUCGCAGGCCGGCUUCUUGCUCCCUCUCUGCGGCAAGACCAUCGACCUCGUCUUCCUCGCUCGCCUGGGCUUCCGCGUCGUCGGCAUUGAGAUUGUCGAGCAAGCCAUUCAAGAAUUCUUCCAAGAGAACAACAUCCCGUUCAAGACGGAGCAGCACGUCCUGCACGAGACCAAGGAGUCUGUCAAGGUGCACACUAGCACUGAUCCGAACAUGAACAUUUCCAUCUUCCAGGCGGAUUUGUUUGCCGUGACUUCCAAGGAUGUCGGAGCGCUCCACUUUUCGUUCGAUCGUGGCAGCUUUGUCGCCAUGCAGCCUGCGCUGCGCACCAAGUACGCCGUGACGAUGACUCGCAUUCUCGCCCCGACUGCGCGCAUUCUUGCGGCAAUGAUUGACUACGAGGAAGGCGUGAUGGCAGGCCCGCCGUUCAACGUCACGAACGCCGCCAUUGAGCAAGCCUUCUCCCCCGUCGGUUCGCAGAUUGAGUACGUCGAAGUGAAGAGCAACAAGACUCGGUUUAGCUUUGAGAUGCUCGAGCGCAUUGUCAUCAUCGCCAUGCCAAAGUAAACGCAGUCGACCCC